UAAGUUUUUUUUAAUUUUACGUAGACUAGUUGAAAAUCGUCCAGUUAAAAAUAUUGGUCUUCGCUCUAAAACAGAUAUGGAACAUCCUUUUGCACCGGAUUGUCCUUGUUACAGAAAUUCCAGCCAGCAAUGUAGCUUCUGCAGCCUCAACCAAGACAUGGAAACCACUGACGACUCUCUGGAUAGCCUGGACAGCCCUGCCCGCUUAAAGGUGGGUUGCACGACCUCCCGUGAGUCCGUAAGGCGGGCGGCCCAGGCCGCGAAGGAGGCAAAUGUGAGGCCGGCCAGGAUGUACCUCCGCUCCACAUCUCGGGGGCUGCGACAAUUCGUCGAUAUCUACAUGCCAGUCUUCAAGCAGGACUCAAGUCCAGUCUCUUCUGAGGGUGAACAGGAGGACGAUGCCGGAAAUCAGACCGAGCCUGUUUCUCCUCAGACGGAGGGGCUUUCCUGCAGGGGAACUUUUCGUCACUUUCGCCGCCUGGGCAAGAGAAAAUUAAUGGACCGGUACGUAAAUGCCUCCUCUUUGGAAGCAAAGAAUCAUUUAAGAAGGAAUUCAUGGCGGGAUUCAAGCCAAGCUGAUAUUAGCCCUAAGACACCUGCAGAGACAUCGCGACUUGGAAGAAAUAUAAAUUAGCGAAAAUUGGCAAAGAAUGUAUAAAUGUAUCAUUUAGAUUGUGUGGAUGUGAGACAAACUCUUGUAAAGAAUAUAUAUAUUGUGUUUAUAAUGCGAUUCAUAUUUACAAAAAAAUGAAAUAAAAUUCGGAUUUACAUUACAA